GAUUUUCCAAGGAAAAAAUGGAGAUUCCCAACUGGGUUUUCUUUUCUUCCCUUUCAUUUUCUCAGUAACCAAACAAAAAUUUUUUAUAUCCUCUCUAAAAUGGGAGAUGGGAACAAAAUUUCGUUUUCAUGUAGUUCAUCCACGAAAAUUCUGUGCUGUAUGGUUCCUUUGGUGGUUGCAUCGUUGUUUGUUUCCAAUUUGGUUCAGAAGAAUUCCAGUUGGGUUUCCAUAUCGUCUCUGCCUUCGUCUUCUGAUGAUGGGUCUUCUCCUUCUUUAAAUACUAGUACUGAGACUUUGAACACAGAAGUAGAAGGUGGUGGAGAGCCGGUUGAUCUGCGGCGACCGAGGGUGGUGGUAGAUGUUCACAGUGUUGGUGACGCUCUCUCAGCUGAAGCUGUGAUGAGCCGUGCGGCUGCACCACCUCUCGCGGUGGAGACCGUCAGGGUUCAAGAGAUGAAUGAGACACAGGAAACGACUGUGAAUAUUACUUCAAGCCAAUCUCCAAUUAAUGAUAAAGUAUCCGUGAAUGAUACACUACCCUUGAAACCAAGAAAGGCAAGAGUGGGUACCAAUUUGGAUAAGCUUGAAGCCGGUCUCUGGCGAGCACGAGCAGCCAUAAAAGAAGCUAGGAAUGGGAAUCAGCUACCGGACCCUGAUUAUGUGCCCAUUGGUCCCAUGUAUUGGGAUGCCAAAGCCUUUCACAGGAGCUACUUGGAGAUGGAAAAGCAAUUCAAGAUUUUUGUCUAUCCCGAAGGGGAGCCUCCAGUGUUUCACGAUGGUCCAUGCAAGAGCAUAUACUCCAUGGAAGGAAAUUUCAUCCAUAAGCUUGACUUGGAUAGCAAAUUCCAGACUAAAGAUCCUGAGAAAGCACAUGUUUUCUACCUUCCAUUCAGCGUAGCGAAGAUGGUCCAAUUUGUUUAUGUUCGUGACUCCCAUGAUUUUGGUCCUAUCAAAAGGACAGUCAUAGAUUAUGUUGAUCUUAUAGCAAGGAAAUACCCCUAUUGGAAUCGAAGCCUUGGCGCUGACCAUUUCAUGCUUUCUUGCCAUGAUUGGGGGCCGGAAGCAAGUUUUUCCCUUCCAUACCUACACAAGAACUCCGUCCGUGCACUAUGCAAUGCCAACACCUCAGAGAAAUUCAACCCCAUCAAGGAUGUGUCUAUCCCGGAGAUAAAUCUCCAAACUGGUAAACUAAAAGGCUUGGUUGGUGGACCGUCACCUUCUCGGCGUCCAAUCUUAGCUUUCUUUGCAGGAGGUGUCCAUGGACCUAUUAGACCGGUCCUGCUUGAGCACUGGGAAAACAAGGAUGAAGACAUUAGAGUACACAAAUACCUCCCAAAGGGUGUGUCCUACUAUGACAUGAUGCGAAAGAGUAAAUACUGCAUUUGUCCUAGUGGUUACGAGGUUGCGAGCCCGAGAAUUGUAGAGGCUCUAUACAAUGGAUGUGUUCCUGUUCUGAUUUCUGUAAGUUAUGUCCCUCCUUUUAGUGAUGUCCUGAACUGGAAGUCAUUUGCAGUGGUUCUUUCUGUGGAUGACAUCCCCAAUCUGAAGAAUAUAUUAACUGGCAUAUCGACAAGGCAGUACAUAAGAAUGCAGAGAAGAGUGCUCCAAGUAAGGACACAUUUCGUGUUCAAUUCUCCCCCCAAGAGGUUCGAUGUCUUUCACAUGAUCCUUCAUUCUAUUUGGCUGAGAAGACUGAAUAUCGAAAUCAAAGAUGAUCGUGAAUUUGUGACCAAUUGAUGAAAUCAAGAGUCCAGCAAACUGCUAGGUAACAAAAAUCAAGACCAUCAAAUUCUUUGUUGUUUGAAAUUGUAGUUGGUUCCAAGUAUUAACUAAAUCAUAUCUACAUUAAAAUUCUAGUUUGGAUGUGUUAUAGAGUUGCAAUUGUCAAUUGUGUGUAUUUAGAAUUAGGCCAUUUUGAAACAGUUCUGUUUAUGUCGUAAAUUUUCGAAGUACUUGUACUGUCUUUUUGUUUGAUAUGAAAAUAAAAUUUUCUCAUAUUC